UUGAUGACAUGCAACCUUUUAAUGUUUUAAAAAAUACCCAUUUUCAAGACAUUCUAUAUGAAAUUGAUUCACGAGUUUCUUUUCCUGGUAAAGACAUUUUCAAGCAAAAAUUACACCAAGCAGUAAACUAUUUAGAAAAUUGUUUGAAAAAUCUUAUUAAUGACACUUUGGAAACUUGUGCGUUUACAACUGACUUGUGGACUAAAGCACAUAAACCUUACAUUGGAAUCACUAUAUAUUGGCUUACUUCUGAAUUUGAAAUGCACAAGAUCUUGCUUACAAUUGAAAGCUUUUCAUAUCCACAUACAUCCGAACACAUUGAAGAUUAUUUGCAUUUGUUGGGAAUUCAAGAAUUGGUCGAAUUAUUGGGUCUUUUUGCACAUGUCACAACAAUAAUGGGCAGAGACCAUUAUCCUACUCUUUCAAUGAUGUUACCAUUGAUUAAAGUUUUACAAGAACAUUUAUUCCGAAAAGCACAUACUCUUACCAAUCCAAUUAUUCGUAAGCCAGGAUUAGAAGGAUACAUUACCGUCAUGCUAGAUUCAAGAUUUAAAGACCUAAGUUUUGAAUCUGAAAAAUUCGAAACAACAAAGAAUAAAUUACGACAUCGAAUAAAAAAAGAUAUGAGAAACAUAUAUCCAACAACUUAUGCUUCUGAAAAUCAUGUACCCUCUUUAUUAAAUUCACUGUUUGAAGAAGCUCCUCGCCAAGUGUGUCCUGUCGAAACUGAACUUAAGGUUUAUUUUGACAUGCCCAAAAUGCCAAAACAUGAUCUUUCUGAUCCACUUUAUAAGAAACACAACCCAUUA